UGUUAAUACUAGUAUAGAAAAGAUAGUUGCAAUGGGUCUGAUUCAGGCGAUGUGUAAAGUUACUGUUAUAUAUAACUAACUUCUGAAGUUGAAGUAGGAAAUGGAUACUCGGGUUCGUUACAGACAAAUGCCUGAACAGGCAUACUGAUACAGCACACAUAAACGUACACUAUGUGUGAUGUGACCCGUAUCGGCAUAGCAUUUGUGUUUAAGACAUUUGUAACGACCCCCUGUGCUUCAGUGGAGAACCUGAACUCCGAAUCAUAUCAGAUAAAAUACUGUAAUGGCGACUGUUGAAGGUCGGGAGGAGCAUCUGAGACUUGCUGGGAUCAUUAAAGGUCUACAUGCUGAUCUAAGGAAGAAGUUCAAGAAAUGCAAAGAUGCUGAUGACUUUGAACAGAUUUGGAAAGAACACUGCGAAGACACAGACACCUUGCGACAAUAUGCAGAUGCCAUGCACCAUUUGGCAAAAGAUCACUGGACAAGACUUCCUGAGACCAGGAUCGAUUGGUGCCGAAAAACAAUCCUGGAAUAUUUCCAUGGAGACGGUCUGAAAAAGGCUUUGGAAAAAGUUGCUCGCAGGACUAAAGUUCACCAAUUGCGGCGAUUGCAGAAUGAGUGUUUGGAUCAAAAAAAGAAUGAUGCAUUUGAAAACAGACAGACAGAUGGGACUGGUAGUAAUACUUCUGAUAAAGAAGUUUUGUGCGGUGAUGUAGCUACUCAUGACCUUCAGGAAGUGGAUGUCAAGAAAGCAUGUUCAUCUGAUACAGAUCCACUACCAGUGAUAGCAACAGACAUUGGAGUACCGUUCAAAGGAAGGAUACGUUUGCUGGAUGUUGGGAGUUGUUACAAUCCGUUUGGUGCUUUUGACGAGUUUCUGUCGAUUGGCCUUGACAUCAGUCCAGCUAAUUCGAUGGUCCAUCGGUGUGACUUUCUUAACCUGGAGCUGACAAACCCUGACCCAGUUGGCCUGUCAAAAGACGAUCCCUUAGGGAGCCUACCAGACUCGGUUACAGAGCUCCCUCGUCAGAGUUUCCAUGUCGUUGUGUUUUCCUUGUUACUGGAGUAUCUUCCCCUGGCCAGUCAGCGAUGGACAUGCUGUUGCCAUGCCCACCAGCUCCUAGCAGGCAAUGGACUAUUGGUAAUUGUGACUCCUGAUUCUCACAAACAGCACAGGAAUGCCGCCAUGAUAAAAAGCUGGAGACUUGCUGUGGAAUCCAUCGGAUUUGUAAGGUGGCGAUAUGUGAAACUAGACCACAUACAUUGUUUGGCAUUCAGAAAACUUGAAGUUGGGGAAGUGAGGGACAAGGUGGUAGGACCCGCCUCUCCCGACAUGUUAUACAUACCGCAGGACUUCCACGAGGACGAGGAAGUAGGGGUCACAGGUCACACAGAUGCAGACAAUGAAGACAUUUCUAAAACGUUCGAGGAACUUCCAUCAUGUUGUGAUAGUGUUGAAAGUGAUUAAUUAAAUAAAGAAAUGUUUUCCUGUUUUAGAU